GCAACAACCAUAAAUGGCAAAUUAUUAAGACGUAACCUAAAGCGGGUGCAACGAGUGAAGAAAAGAUGGAGAGUAUAAAAAAGCAUUUCGUUGUGGUGCACGGAGUGUGCCAUGGAGCGUGGUGUUGGUACAAGGUGAAGUCGGCGUUGGAGUCUAAGGGGCACAAGGUGACAGCCCUAGACCUAGCCGCAUGCGGCAUCAACACAAAGCAAAUAGAGCAAGUUGAAACCUUUUCGGAGUAUUCAGAGCCGCUGUUAGAGCUUCUGGCCUCGCUUGCUCCCAAGGAAAUGGUUGUUCUUGUGGGUCAUAGCUUUGGAGGAAUAAGCAUAGCCAUGGCAAUGGACAAGUUUCCCCACAAGGUAGAAUUUGCCGUUUUCGUUUCGGCUUUCAUUCCCGAUACCAUCCACAACCCUUCAUAUGUCUUACAGAAGCACACUGAGAGAUAUGGAAAUAGGGAAUCAGACAAUGAGAGAUCAUGGUGUGGAGGCAAAACAUUGAUGAUGCUUGGCCCCAAUACCUUGUCUACCAUGUUCUAUCAACACUCUUCUGCUGAGGAUUUGGAGUUAGCAAAGAGCCUAGUAAGGCGAGGGUCACUGUUUUUUGAAGAAUUGUCAAAGGCAGAAAAUUUCUCCAAGGAGGGAUAUGGGUCGGUUGAGUGUGCUUAUGUUGUGUGUAGCCAUGAUUUGGCAAUUCCAGUGGAAUUUCAGCAAUGGAUGAUCCAAAAUUCUGGGGUUUCUGAGGUGCGACAAAUCAACGGAGCUGAUCAUAUGGUUAUGAUUUCAAAGCCCCAAGAAUUGUCUUCAUGUCUCCUUGUCAUAGCGGAAAAAGCACAACUCAAGAAGAAUAAUGCUUGUGGAGGCGGUGGUGGUGGUGGUUCUGACAUGGAGCUCCACCGCACACGAUGCUGCCCUGUUCUUGCAUCAUGGUUAUACUCUGCAUAUUCUUCCACUGCAUUAACCCAUAGCCAUACCCACAUAUCAUCAUUGUCAUAUGAGAUGCCAUUGUUACCAGAUGACUCAAAAACAUGUGUGAAUGACUUAGAGAAUGCACUGAAAGUGAGAGAGAUUCAGCUGAAAAGACCCAAUGAGACAUGUGAUGUUGUGUUCUGUUUCUGUGGGAUAAGGCUUCACCCUCUGAGUUGCCCAGAUGCAUUUUCAAUUAAUAAAAAUGGUGAAUUUGUUGGGGAUAAAACUGGUUACAAGGAGAUGAGGGCUAGUGGCCUAUUACUGAAGUUUCUUGAGGCAAUUCUCAAAGCUGGAAACCGGAUGAAUGCCGGAAUUUCUAGGGGAAAUGCACAAGGUUUCAACGUAAGUGCUCUUAGGAAGCUUCCUAAUGUGAAAAGCAUUGAUGGGAAGACUAGUUUGCUACACUUCAUUGUAGAGCAGGUGGCUCAGUCAGAAGGAAGAAGAGAAGUUAUGAAUCAAAAGCAUAACAUUCCCAAAAUCAACGGUGAUAUAAGCAACUCCAAUGAAAACAAUAAUAGCCUUGUGCAACACGAGACAGAGAAGGAGUAUCUGAUGCUUGGUUUACAAGUGUUAUUGGGAGGUAUAAAUGAUGAGUUAUCUGAAGUAAAGAAAGCAGCAAUAUUUGAUCAUCAGAAUUUCAUUAGGAUGUUAUACAUUCUCAAUGCUCGUGUUAGCGAAAUUCGAGAGAUUGUAACCAAAUGUUGUAGCGAGAACAAUGAGAGAGGUGGAUUUGUUAAGGAAAUGAAAGGGUUUGUAGAGGAAUGUGAGGAUGAGCUUAAAGUUGUGAAAAAUGAACACCUUAGGAUCAUGGAGCUUAACCCCCCUCGCUCAUCAUGGACGAUCGCACAAGCAGCGGCCAUGACUUCCACCUUGCGUUUGGAUGAAAUAGGGCUCACUGGUGGAAACGGCGUCGUUUGGCACUUCAGGGAUGAAUUUGUCCAGUUAAAUUUCGUCCCAAUCCACCUCAGCGAGCGUAACAGCCACGUCAUUCACUGCCCCUCCAUGUCAGCUGGCUCCGUUGCUGUUUUUGGCCCAAAACGGACGGAAGGAGGCUCAGAGUUGCAGCCACCACUAUCGCCGCCGGCGGUGACAGCCAGCGGUUGCCGUCGUCGCUCUCGAAGGUCUGCUCGUGCUCGGAGCUGUUGGCCUCGCCGUCUUUGUCCUUGUCGUCAUAUCAGACUCAUCAUCAACAAAAGUUCAAAACUCAUUACCCAGCCCCCACCAUCGCCGAAGGCAGCAGCCCCCACCAUCGCCGAACUCCUCUCCUCGGCCGUGGGUACCGUCGCCGCCGGCAUUGUGACAAGUAUAGGGUGUCAUCUCGCCGCCGAACGUCUCUGCCACUCACCCUCUUCUCGCCGUGAAACCUUUGCUCGGAGAUCUUCUCUUGCCGUCGCGAACAGUUCCUGCUCGGCCGUAUUCUCCUCGUCGUCGCGAACUCUGCGCCCAGCGUCACUGUCUUCAAGCUCUCUGUUACCGCCAUGUUCCUCCGAGCUCACACUCUCUUGGAGAUCACUCUGUCACCGCCGUUCCUCCCUCGCCGCCAUGAGGAUGAUGGCUCUGAUUUGGUUGGUUGUGCUCGCUCCAGUCAGACUCGAGAGCAAGCUUAGGAGAGGUGUUGAUAUUAUUGUUGGCACUCCAGGUCUCGUGAAGAUGAACAAGGCAUGUUGUUGUGCAACAGAGGCUCUUGCACUCUCUGCGCUCCAAAAAUGCAGCACCGUCACCUCACUCAGAGAGGCGCGUCAACUUCACGCCCUCAUUGUCACCACCACCACCACCCUCUUAAGCUCCAAAUCUCCCUUUCUCUACAACAACAUCAUCUCUAUGUAUGCACGAUGCGGUUCUCUCAGCGACUCUCACAUAUUGUUCGACAAAAUGCCUCACAAAACGCUUGUUUCUUACAAUGCGCUUCUUUCUGCUUAUUCUCGGGCCCCGGGCCAUGCCGUUUCCGCCCUCAAACUUUAUACCCAGAUGGGUUUUAUGGCCGUCAGGCCCAGCAGCAAGACCUUCACAAGCUUGCUGCAAGCUUCUUCCUUGCUUGAAGAUUGGUGGGUUGGGUCUUUGCUUCAUGCCCAGGGUAUAAAGUUUGGUUUUUUGAGUAAUAUUUGUGUCCAAACUUCUCUGCUUAAUAUGUACUCAAAUUGCGGGGAUUUGGGUUCUGCUGAAAUGGUCUUUGGGAACAUUGGUGACAGAGACGAUGUUGCAUGGAAUUCUUUGAUUAUUGGCUAUCUGAAGAAUAAUAAGAUCAAGGAAGGUCUUAGUCUUUUUUCUGCAAUGCUGAGGGAUGGUUUUGUCCCUACCCAGUUCACAUAUUCUAUGAUUUUGAGCGCAUGUAGUCGUCUGAAGGGUUAUCAAUAUGGGAGAUUGAUUCAUGGCCAUCUGAUCGUUAGGAACGUCUCAUGUGAUUUGCAUAUGCAGAAUGCUCUUCUUGACAUGUACUGCAAUGCUGGCGAUACACAAACAGCAGAUAAGUUUUUUUGUGGAAUGGAAAACCCGGAUUUAGUUUCUUGGAAUUCGAUGAUUGCUGGUUAUUCUGAGAAUGAAGAUGGGAAGAAGGCUAUGAGUUUGUUUGUCCGGUUGCAGGAAUUUUGUUUCCCUAAACCAGAUGAUUAUACCUAUGCCGGCAUCAUAUCUGCAACCGGAGCAUUUCCAUGUUCCAGUUAUGGAAAGCCUCUUCAUGCUCAGGUUAUCAAAGCAGGAUUAGAGAGAAGUGUUUUUGUUGGAAGUACUUUAGUGUCUAUGUAUUUUAAAAAUUGUGAAAUCGAAGCUGCUCAAAGAGUAUUUGAUUCGAUCUCCAGGAAGGAUGUUGUUCUCUGGACUGAAAUAAUCAUUGGUUAUUCUAAGACGGAUGGAAUGAGCGCCAUCAAAUGCUUCUCUGAAAUGUUUCACAAAGCCCAAGGCAUCGAUGAUUAUGUUCUCAGUGCAGUUUUGAGCGCCUGCGCUGAUCUUGCCAUUUUAAGACAAGGUGAAAUGAUUCAUUGCUACACUGUUAAACUGGGCUAUGGUGUUGAAAUGUCUGUUUCUGGGAGUCUAAUCGAUAUGUAUGCCAAGAAUGGUUGCCUUGAAGAUGCAUAUUGUGUAUUUUCUCAUGUUUCAGAUCCAGAUUUGAAGUGUCGGAACUCAAUGCUUGGAGGAUAUAGUCGCCAUGGAAUGGUGGAGGAAGCAUUUAAAUUAUUUGAGGAGAUUCUGGAACAAGGUCUCAUCCCAGAUCAAGUAACGUUCUUGUCUCUGUUGUCUGCAUGCAGCCACUGUAGGUUGGUUGAGCAGGGAAAAUUCCUCUGGAAUUAUAUGAACAGCAUUGCUUUAGUUCCAGGGCCUAAACACUACUCUUGCAUGGUAUCUCUGUUGAGCCGGGCAGCAUUACUGGAAGAGGCAGAGGAAAUUAUCAUUAAAUCACCUUAUGUUGAAGAUAAUCUUGAACUAUGGAGAACUUUGCUAAGCGCCUGUGUUAUCAAUAAAAAUUUGAAAGUAGGAGUUCAUGCAGCUGAGGAAGUUUUGAAGUUGGAUGCAAAUGAUGGUCCAACACUUGUCUUGCUUUCGAAUCUAUAUGCCUCAGCAGGGCGGUGGGAUAAAGUUGCAGAGACUAGAAGAAAUAUGAAGGGAUUGCUGGUUGAGAAAAGUACAGGGUUAAGUUGGAUUGAGGCCAAGAACAACAUUCAUGCAUUCUCUUCAGGAGAUCAAUCACACCCCAUGGCUGAUGAGGUGCAGGCUGAACUGUACAGAUUGAAAAUAAAUAUGGUCGGAACAGAAAUUGAUGAACAUGAGGCACAAAAUGCAUAUGCUACAUAAGUUGCAGCGGCUAAGCAUGUUGUGGAUGUGGAAUUUAAGUAAAAUAAAAUAGUGUAUAGAGAAACUGAACUUAUAGUUAUGGGGAUAGAACGACAAGCUUCUACAGAUAGGAACGAUAGUUUGUUAUUUUCCAUCUCCCCUUUGCACUAUAGAGUCUAGAGUCUAGAAUAUAGAUGUUUCCUAUAUAGUGUCCAGCUGGAAAAUUGUUACAUGCUCCUCAGUUCACGAAGUAUUAUGCAAAAUCUGAGUUUCUGACCCAAAUAUUAACUGAGUAAUAUUUCAAUCAUUAACUACCUAGAGUAUUAUUGUUCUCUCG